UGGUUUCUAGUCAAGGUGGCACGAUGUGUAGCUACUGUCUGUUCCGCUAAAAUUAAAUGUAAUUUGAGCUAGCAUGCAGCUAACGGUAGCUUGCUUCCUUAGCAAAACAAAGGUAACGUUAGCAACAGAGGUAUCAUUAGCUCAGGGUUAGCUUUUAUAUCUUUAACUUACAAGAUGCUUCGGCCACUUACAAAAGUAUAAUUAGUCUAUUGAUACUUUGUUAAAAUGCGAACAGUACAAACUGAAGUAGGGAUGUUUUUCUAUGGGUAGAUAACUUAGACGUAGAUAUUUUACUGUCGCUAGUUUGCAAUCGUGUCACGUUAUUUUAAGGUUGGCUGUCUGGAAGUUUGUUUUGCAUUUCGGCAUCUAUAACAACUAAAAAUAUCUGAUCUGUAAAAUGUAUUCCACGCUAGUGAUAAUAUUAAAUCAUUUGAAUCAGGAUUGAAAAUUUAAAACAUCCUCUUCCACACGGAAUCCGCUGGAAAUCAACUUUCUCAUCCCUCUAAAUAAACAGUAUCAGCAGCCAUGGAUUCACAAGUUCUCCCAACUUGCCCCAGCAACGCCACAGCCAAUCAUGUGUGAGGUCUGUGGAACUUACUUUGAGACAAGACGAGGACUCUCCAACCAUGCCCGCCUCCAUCUACGGCAGCUCGGUAUAACAUCAGAAAACAGCGGAGCUCCCAUUGACCUCCUCUACCAGCUCAUCCAGGAGAGAGAUGGCCCCCUGCCUGAUUUCAAAGCAGACUCUUCUGUACCUGGGUUGACCCCUCUCAAAAAAUCAUCCCAGCAGGAGUCCAAGACGUCGUCCGUACCAGAGGACAGGAGUGAUUCCUUCAAAGAAGGGAGUAGGGUCAUGUCAACUCCGCAAAUGAAGGAUCACGAGGGAUCUCCAGCCAGACUGAAAGAUGCAACAACCUCUCUCCUCCCAUCAUCCCCCUCUGGUCUUAGGCUGGUUGCAUCUAGAGCAAGUGAAGGCAGCAGUUCAUCUUCCUUAGAGCGCCAAACCACAACAAAGCCACUGUGGGCGCCGCUUGAAACUGACGCCCCCAUCACCCUAGACACCAACGAUGAGGUCCAUGUUUGCCAGCUGUGUGGCUGCUGGUACGAGACACGCAAAGGCCUGGCCAGUCAUGCUCGGGCCCAUCUGCGCCACAUUGGAAUCCCUGACAGUGAGAUCAAGGGCAGCCCCAUUGAUCUUCUUUACAAGAUCAUGGAGGAGGAAGACCUCAAGCCUAUCAGCAGUGAACAACACAAGGAGCUCACCUCAAACAGUCCGCCUAGAUCCUCUUCCAAACGUCCCUCCAGUCUGUCCUCUCCGCCGGCAUCUCCUCCAAGCAAACAGUCUAAAACCUCAGAGGAGUGUACCUGUAUUCUGUGCGGGGAGGAGUUUGAGAAUCGUAAAGGCCUGGCCUGCCACGCACGCGCUCAUCUGCGUCAGAUCGGAGUGGUUGACCUGCUGGGGAAAAGCUCUGCAAUUGACACUGUUAGGGAACUUGUCAGCAGUGGCAUGCUAGAAGCCAUACACCCCCUCAAAACAAACUGUACAGGCAGCUCAUCUGCAGCGCCAUCACCUGCAAGCCAAUCGAAAACCUCAUUUCUCUCCACAUCCCUCACUCAGGCUCCUCAAAUUCCUGUUAACAAGGCGCCAAAGGCUAAGAAAGGCUUUCGGCUUGCAGUGGACCCCCUUUACAGGAAGCCCAAGCCUGAGCCUGUGGAGGUAGAGGUGUCUGUUCAGCCCAAGGGAUCAAGCACUAACAGCAAUUCUCCCAAGCAGAAGUCACCCGCUGCUGCUGCUUCAAAGCCUCUCAAUGCAGUGUCCUCCACAGAUGUCCCGUCCCUGCCAACAGUCCUUUGCGAUUACUGUGGCCAGCUGUUUGAGACACGCAAAGCCCUGUCUUGCCACGCCCGUGCCCACCUGCGCCAGCUCGGCCUCACCUGGUCGAUCAAAACAUCACCGAUUGAUCUCCUCAAAGAGGUCAUGAUGCAGGGUGAAGAAGGCAAGAAAGAGUCUGUGCGCAGCGGGUCAUCAGGCAAAGCCACGUGGACCCCUCAAGGCUCCAGAAGGUCCCUGGACAGCCUCCAGUCAAGGGACCCAUCCACCAACUCCUGCACCUCACCUCUCGAUUAUUCCAUGAAAGAGAAAUCCCCGUCUGGCAAGAGUGGGGCCUCACACGCCGACACAUCAUGUGAGCUUUGUGGGUUUGAAUUUGAAAACCGCAAGGCCCUGGCCAGUCAUGCGCGGGCCCACCUCCGACAGCUAGGAAUCAUAGAAUGGAAAGCAGACGGAGCGAGUUCACCUAUCGAACUCCUCAGUGAGUUGAUCCGGAAGGACCCAGAAAAGGUGGCAGCGAUAACCCAGCGCUAUCGUAUGGGGGACCUUUUCAUCAAGAAGAGAAAUGCUGCUUCGCCAUGUCUGUCUACAGACUCUGACUCUGUGCCUGGCAGCAGCCUGCGGCAUUCGGUGCAGCACUCAGGUGUGACUGCUGGCUCAUCCAGACAAUCGCAAGGACACACACGGACUAUUGGAGCGCACAGGGACCCUGGUGUGCGCUCCCCAAGGGGGCUCCAUCCACCAAAACAUGUAGUGACCGCACGGGGAAAUAAUCAGGACACCAAUUCCCACCAACCAUCACGGUCAGGCAGCAUCCCGGCUAUGCUGCCGAAGCCCCCACUAACACCACUGGUCAAACUGGUGGGCAAAAUCUACUCCCUCAAGUGCAGGUUCUGUCAAGAAGUCUUUCAUGGACCUCUGUCUGUUCAAGAGCAGUGGAUCACACACCUGCAGAAACACAUCCUGUCACUGGGCUACAAAGGCAAAGCAUCUCCUCCAGCUGCACCAGUGGCUGCUCCAGCACUUGUCGACCCAGUAGCUGUCUAGUCCACGAAAUCUUUUUGUAGUAAACAUUAAAAAAGGUCGUCAUUUUCCAGUGUCAUGUCUGAGGAUCGUCUUGAUGUCUAUUUUGAGGUGACAAAUUGUGAGAAAAUUUGAUGUUCACUUUUUGUCCCAGAGAGGGCAUACAUGAGCCAUAUGAGGAAAGCAGCAGAACAAAAUCCACUCAGGUAAAAUCCAACAGAAACACUAUAUCACAAUACUGAUCACUUAGUUUUUUGGAAAGAAUAUCCAAAGACAGUUCAUCUCUCAUUUUGAUGGUCAGUGCUUUUCUCCUCCUGCUCACAAUUCCUUCCAUUGUACCGAUAAUGUGUUGCUACGUGAGUCAGUGUUGGCGUUUCCCACACUGAGAGAACGUUCCUGGUCAGUGAUUUUCACUUUUUAUUUUAAAUUUUAAAUUUUUUUUGUCUUACUGAAUAGACUGCCAUGGUCGCCAUUUUCACUGUGAUAUACUUUGUCUCCUUUAUAAGCCUUUCAAGGGAGUCUUGUUUUAUACGUUGCAUAUACAAGUGUUUUACUAUAAAUCAGGAAGGAUUACAUUUUCUUUUCACAAAUGGUAAUGUUUUUGAAUGACACAACAAUGAUACCAGAAAGAUGCAUAUAGUAAUUUGAAUCCAACUGGUGACAACUUGAUUCAAACUAAGGCCAUCGAUAACAUAAAUGUCCUAAAAAGCAUCAACCAUCUUGAACACAGAGACAUUGUGUUUCCGUUUGUUGCCAUUUACUUCAGGUAUAGCUACUAAACAUGUACUGUUUUUCUGGUCUUUUUUACCUUUCUUUUUUAACACUUAUUAUGUAAAUUAAAAUAUGUCUUAUAUAUGGCCAUAUAGUGUGUGAAAGAUUAAAAUCAAAAUCAAUUUACUACAACCUGCGUUUCACCAGCAGCUGCGGCACUCACUGUGAGAAUACAAAUACAGUGUGUCCACAUUGCAAUUACAUGUUACAUGUCUAUGAAUAUAAUCCAAUAUAUUGAGCAAGUUUCCAUGUAUUCUGCACAGUCUGUCACGUCUCCAUUCACCAGCAUUCAUUGUUGUAUCUCCUCAUUUACAUUGUGUUUUCCUUUUGCUGUGUCUGCUAUCCCCUUUUAUUUAAGAUUUGUUUUUAAAGACAUCUUUGGGGAGCUGACAUAGAUUUCUUUUACCACUUUUGUUUUUUUUUCUUCGCACCUGCUCAUUAAUAGCUCUCGUCUUUGGUCAAUGUCUAGGCCACAAGAGCACCCUGUCAAAUGUUUUUGUUGUUCAGCUUUGAGCUCUUGACAGCCAUUGCAGUUGUGUCACACUCACCACUAUAUGUGUAAAUUUAAUUAAUGUACAACAAUAAAUAAAUUAGAUGGCUUGUUUAGUCACAAAAUGA